AUUGUUUCUAGGGAAAGGAUCCACAUAGCAAAGGGGUUAAAAUCUUGACAAUCACCUCCAAAACAUCUUCCCUAUCAAAACCCCCCAAUUCCACCAUCUCAUAAAAAUGUUCAUCACGUCAAGGUGUCUUAGAAAGCUAUUUGCUGCUUGUACUCACACCACCAUGAGCACUGCAACAAUGGCUGCCCUCUCAUUUGCUAAUUCUACCCUCUUCUCAAAAACAUCUAUUUUCAUCUGUAGAAAUCGUGUUGCAGUUUCCACCUUUUCCACUGUUUCUUCUGUUGUGUCAUCUGACAACCGCCGCACUAAGAAAUGGAGGCAACCAGUGAUGCCAUCGGCAGUUGAACUCGGGAACAUUAAGAUUGCCAAAGAAGAUGUGGUGCGCGAUGAUCCCGCAAACAAUGUCCCUGAUGGAAUUUUCAGAAAACUUGGAAUGCAACUACACAGACGGAAUCAGCACCCACUAGGCAUUUUGAAGAAUGCAAUCUAUGAUUUUUUUGAUUCCAAUUAUUCCAAAAACUUCGAAAAAUUUGAUGAUCUUUGUCCAAUUGUUUCUGUAAAAGCGAAUUUUGAUGAUGUCUUGGUUCCUGCGGAUCACGUGAUCAGGAGUUAUAAUGAUACAUACUAUGUUGACUCCCAAACUGUUUUGAGAUGUCAUACUAGUGCUCAUCAAGCUGAAUUGCUAAGAAAUGGGCACACUCACUUCCUUGUAACCGGAGAUGUCUACCGUAGAGACUCGAUAGACUCUACCCAUUAUCCUGUAUUCCAUCAGAUGGAAGGUGUUCGUGUAUUUUCCCCCGAUGAUUGGGAAUCAUCUGGCUUGGAUGCCACAACUUAUACAGCACAGGAUUUGAAAACAUGCCUGGAGGGUUUGGCACGACAUUUAUUUGGUGCUGUGGAGAUGCGGUGGGUUGAUACAUACUUUCCUUUCACGAAUCCAUCAUAUGAACUUGAAAUAUUUUUCCAGCUUCUCAUUUAUUUAUCUGUCUUGAAUGUUCCUGUCUUCCUGCCAGGUGAAUGA